AUGGAUGCAACAAGGAGUAGUAGGAGUAAUUCGAACACGCAUGGUUCUACAAGAUAUCAUAAUCAAAGUCAACCUACGGGACCUGUAACAGAUCAACAAAGAGUUAAACAGCAAUUUCAGUUAUUCCAAGAUGCAUUACCUAAAGUCAAUUCAUUAUCAUUCCGAGCUUUGAUUAAUGAAAUUGUACCGUUGGCCAUGUCUAUGGAAAAAAUUAAGGAUAAUAGUGACACCAAUGAAUUGGUAGAACAAGAAGCCGAUACCAAUGAAUCGGUGAAGAAAGAUUCUGAUUCAAAAGAUUCAAUAGAACAAGAAGUAGAUGAAGUUAGUAAGCAAUUAGAUACUAGAUUAACUUUAAAUACGGGAAAAGGUGAAGCAUCAGAUAAAUUAAUUAGAGAGCUAUGUGAUUCUGAAGAAGAUGUUCAUGAAAGGGUUAUGAAUAGAGUGCGGAGUAUGGGGUUACAGAUCGGGUGUAAUUUAACAGAACUUCUUGUAUUUAGCAACAAUCCAAAUCUUCAUUUUCGAGAUAUGGAUAUUUUAUUGAUAAUGAAAUUUAUCUGUCGAGACGUAUGGAAACAAUUAUUUGAAAAACAAAUAGAUAAUUUAAAGACAAAUCAUCGUGGGACCUUCUAUUUAUUGGAUUACAAUUAUAUUCCUAUUCAAGAAUUUGCUAUUGAUGAAGAUGAAAGUCUUGAUGCAAGUGCAAAUGAGGAACGUCUAUUGGCUUUGGUUGCACCCUUUUUAGAAAUUCCAGCAGGUAUCAUCAAAGGUGUGCUAGUAUCAUUUGGUUACCAAUCGGAAGAAAUUUCAUGUUCUGCCUCUUUUAUUGACCGUCCUACUGGUGACAAGACGGUCGGUGUAUUUCCAAAGGGUGUAAGUUUCCAUGUUCAAGUUACUGCCUCCAAUCCAUAA